UCCAGCCCGAGCGGGCGGGAGAGGAAGUGCGGGGCGGGGGGAGACGGCGUACAGCGGUCGGGACUUUCCGCUGGGCUGGCGGUCGCCUUCGCCCGGCUCCAGCUGCCGCCCGCCGCCCCGCUCCCCGCACACGCUCGCAGGCAGGGGCCGAGCGCGCUGCACCCGCAGCCCGUGCCGGGACCUCGGCGGCGCCUGGUGCCCGGGGAUAGAUCAGAUCAGCCUGCGGCGGGGCGGCGCGGACUCCUCUCCUGCCCGGACGCACUCGCACUCCAGGGCUGUUUGCAGAUGAACCUAUGACUGACUCAUAAUCUGAGAACUGCAGUGGCUUGUAAAAUAGGAAGCAGGAAAGCCUGAGUGCUUAGGCUUUAACUGAAUCAAGACCAGCUCUCAGCAGUGGGAAACAAUAUAUUAAUCUAUUGGAAGCACAGACUGCAGUCUUGUGUGUCACUGGGGUUUGUGUUGUGACUUUUUUUCAUGUAAACAGGUAGGUAGGAACAAUUCUUCUGCUGUAUAUAUUUUUAAUAUGUACAUUUAGAAACCUCAUGAUAGUUGUGUGAGUUGGGGUUUUUUGUUGGGGUUUUCUUUUUUUUUUUCUUUUUUGGAAGUAUUUGUAUCAUUGCAUGAAACUGUAAAGUACCUUGCUCUCCUUUGUGUUUUGAUAUCUUUAAGUUGAUGGUAUUAAUUUUACAAAUCGUCUUCAGUGCCUGGACUUGUUUUAGUUAUGAAUGGGGGUUAUACCUCAAAAGUCAAAACAAGUUUCAUUCUCAUUUCUGUAAGUAAACCCUCUUUUAGCCUUGUUCUUUCUUGUUCUGUGUCUUCCACACAAUCAGAAUGGACUAUUUAGCAAGUUCUUCAUUCUCUGCCUGAUGGACUUAAGUUGCAUGAUAGUAUAUGGAGGCUUGUUUUUUAUAAAUACUUUGUUUGUUUAAUCAGUUGUAUUUGCAAGGAAGGUAAGCAAAUUAUUAUCUCCAUUUCCUCCCCUGCCAAAAAAAAAAAAAAUAUUUCCUUCAGAUUUUUGAUUUCAAAUAGACUAAAAAUAUGAUUUGAACUCAUAGGUGGUAGCCAGUUACCUCAGUCAGCCAAACCUAAUUUGGAAAACUACAUUAUACCUUAGUUGCAAGAGGAGAAAACAUCUCAAAUCUUCUAACCAGUACAUUAAAUAUGCUUGGGGUUGUGCUUUCCUUCCUUGUUCCACUCUGCUUUUUCUGGAGUUUGAAAGGAAAUGAUGCCUCUACAAAAAAAAAAAAAAAGUUAGUCCUGUUUGCCUUCAGUUUAAGCUUUAAAUUAGGAAUGGAUAAAAGAAGUGAAACGUGCCCCUUUCAACUUCUUGACAUGAACGAAAUUCAUCAAUCCUUCAGGUGAGUGAUGGGGGUUGUGUCUUUGGAGAGUAGCAGCAGGUGAUUCUCUGGGUCUACUCCGUGGCCUGUUGCUCAGAACAGGUGCAACUUUAUAAAGCUGGAAGGUAGAGAGGCUCUUUUGUGUGGAAAUGGACAAAAAUAAGCUUUUUAGUAUGCUAAUACUGGACAAUGUGUUAAGCACUGUGACUAAGAACUUCUUGUCAGUAAUAAAUUAUGUGAAUUAGUGAUGCUGUUCAUAUACAGAAGUUCAUGUUUCUGUCACAAUAAGUUCUUUUUGUAGAUUCACAUAACAGUAUGACAAGUCCUUUCUAGGUUGUGAUUUAGAUGUAGCAUCUGAAGAGUGCAGGAAGAGGAAACAGUCUGCUGGAAUGACUGGAUACUCUGUUGGCCUUUUCUCUUUCUCACCUUUCCACUCUGCACUGUGAACCAUUUUUGAAGCAGACUUGAUAUCUUUGUGCAAGAUUUUUUAGCUUGGCCAUGUCUUCUAACCUACUGCUAGGUGUUUGGCAUUUUUUUUUCCUGAGAAGUGCAGUGUGCACACCAGUUCCUGGUGUGUGAAUGCCAGCCAGAAAGCAAAUAGACUGUCUUCAAAUAAUUCUCACUGUCCUGAAGCAGGAUAGGUUAAGAAGUGUUAAGAUGCUAGUCUUAGACUAACUGCAGAAACCACAAAAUAAUUAGAGAUCUUAUUUUAUCAUUUAAGUUUGGUUUUUAGGGGAAAGGGAUGUUUUUGGUCCUCCUUCUUCCCAGCUUUAUCAAGCUACAAUUAUGUUUGUGUAUUCCUUAUUUUUAGUUAUUUUUUUCACUUUUGGCAGUUCCCAGCUUAAGACUGGAGUCCUAUUGUACAAGGUAAUCCAUGUACAAGUAUGUGAAGAGAUGGGAACUUGGUAGGCAUCCAGGUAAGAUCGGAGAAAGGGGAUCUGCUCCUCACUGAGGGAGAACAGAAAUAUACAGAAGUGCUCUAAGUCAUGCAGAAAGUCUGAUAGCUUUGCUGAUGGUUUUGGUUUUUUUCUUCUGUUUCAAAGCCAACAGGUCUUUUCCCUUUUUCAAAUCCGUGAUCAUAUUUUUAAAAUGUGGUGCGUGAUGUGGUCCGCAAACCAGGGAAGAUACCUGAAGCUGCAUAUGACCUUUAGUGAUAAAUUAUUUUCAACAGAGACAAGUUUAAAAUAAAACUAAUUAAAACUUUGUUUAGGAGCCUAAACUGAGUAUAUAUUGUCAAUUACAGGAAUUUCAGUGUUAACUAAGCCAUGUUAGAAGAAAAAUUGUAAAACUACUGUUUUAGUGAAUGGAAAUUCGGGAACCCCUGUGAAGAAUAAGCAAAGGACUUGUGCAUAGCAGUGAGAAAUUAAUCUUCCUCCCAUCUGUUAGUGGGGGAGUGGGUGGUAGUUAUGUUCAUUGUGUCUUUGAGUCUGCAUCUAUGUUGCCCAUUAUGUUGGCCUUUUAAAGAAAAGGUAAACCUUGUGAAAACACGGCACUAAAACCAGCCAGCCUUUGCAAUGCUUUGGGUCAAAUCCCCAAAGGAGGCAUCUACCUCUAAAUUCUCUCAUUUCCUUUCUGCUUAUCCCCAUAUACCAUGCUCUGAUUGCUGGCUACUGCCCCUCUCCUGGGGGCUGCAGCAGAAGGUGGGGAGGUGCCAAAGAGCUGCUGGAGGUUUCUGAGCUUUCCAUGUCGUUGUCAGCGUGUUUUCAGCCCUGCCUAAUGCUCCUGUGAGGCCCAACUAGAGAAGAUUGGGCAAGAUCCUCCCCAAAGAAGGACCUGGAUCUCCAGGAAUAAUAGAUUGCUAAUGGUAGGCAGCUGGGCUGCGAUGAGCUAAAAGAUCUGGCCUUGAGCCUGGCUCUGCAGGAUGCAGAGGGAAGGAGGGGUGGAAAGCAGUGAUGAGCCUAUUAUUUCAAAUGAGCCAACAACUGGCUGAUUGACACUGAGGGCUCAUUGUUGCUCCCUUUCCUCUUAAACACAGCUGUGGAGAAUGAAGAAGUUGGGGCGCAGGGGGAGAGAGAAAAAAAAAAAAGGUUACUCAAAUUAUAAAUUAGACUCUUAGUGUCCAGAGAGGCAAUGGGCAUUAAUUAAAAAAAAAAAAAAAUCUGUCUGAAUACAAGAAAAACUUUUGCCUGGGGGUGUUCAAACACUGCAACAGGCUGCCCUGAGUGGUAGUAGAGUCAUUCUCUGUGCAAGUACUCGAGACCCAACGGGUCACUGUGCUGAGCAGCUGCCUCUGUCUGACCCUGCUUGAGCAGAGGGGUUGGACUGGAUGGUCUCCAGAUGUCCCUUCCAACCACUGCCCUUCUGUGAAAGCUUCUUUAAUAUUUAGAUGUAGUCUUUAGCUGCUGUUGUGGAACACUUGGGAAAUAAUUACAAAUGCCCCUGCUGGGCACUUGUCCCACAAAUGCUGCUGCCGUGUAAUCACAGCAGUUUUAAUUGUAUAGGGAAAGCAUCCAAGUGCUAAGUAGUUAAUUGACUAAACUCCUUGAUUUAGGCAGCAAAGGCAAAAAAAAAUCCACCAGCAUCACUCCCCCUCCCUGAACCUAGAAAAUCCCCAAACACCCUAAACCUUAAAAGACUUUUUAAAAAAUUCCUUAAAAUGUUAUGGUUAUGAGAAUAAAAGGUAGCUUUAAUGUAACGUAAAGAAACAAAAUUAUUUAUUAUCUUCCACCAAUUCCUUGCAGUUUUGCCUACUAUCCCCAAAUUAUCCUAUGAAAAAUGAAGUAAAAAAUAGUCAGGAGCGUGAGAGGAGGAACAGCAGAGAGAAGGCAAAGAGAACCCACCAAACUCUGCAGUUCCUUCCUUUCAACCCACAACUAGAAAGACAUGAGAUGAUUUGAGUGAACUUUCCUGUAGCUGUAUUUCUUUCCUGGGCUCUUUCAGCCCUCCCCCGUUUGCAUUUUACACAGCCCUCAGAAAGACUGCAGUGCAGUGGUUGGCAAGAAAGGAAUUACUAGGAGGGAAAAUCAAGCUAUGGUGGCUCCUCUUACAGUGUUGGUGUUGCUGAGAUCUGCAUUUUUGGAGGAGGUAAUGAAAGGCUGCCUUUGGGUUUCCAGUUCGGAAAUCUGAAUGCUUGCAAAAAAGGAUGUGGAUAAGAUUUCAUUAAACGUCCCUAGAGUGUGCAUGGCAUGCUGGACAGCCACUAAGUUCACUGAUGCAGUGGUUUGGGUUUUUUUCUUGACAAAACACCUGCAGUUUCUGCCUAAUACUUUUGUUUUUAAUCCUCUGUGCUCAGAGAGUGGAGAAUAAGGUAAGGUGCUUUUUGUUGCCUAACAUAUAAAGGAUAAUGGAAGUAAUUUCUGCAUGUUGUAGCAUGCAACAAUAACUGUGUUUGUUGGAUAGUAAAAGUUUUGAUUACCUUUUUUAUUGCUUGUAACUCAUUGAAAUUCUUUGUAAUAAAUUCCGUGAAUUAUCUAGUAUAUUAAAGCUAAGAAACAGUUAUUUGUACUUCAUAUGUUUUAAAAGAUUUUUUUUUAGUCAGUUUUCAUUCUGGUUAUCCAAUAUAAUAAGGAAUUAUUUUCAAGAACAAUGUUCUGGGAAUGUUCCUCUUUUUAUGUUAAUCUUAAGAGCUAAAAACCUGAUCCUUUCUCUGCCUUAUCGAUAUCUUUGGGGUUUUUUUAAUAACAGAAUUUUAAGGGUAUAGCGCUGUCAUAAUGCUGCUGUUCAGCUGUGGAGUGCACUUGUUCAGGAAGAGUGAAACUUUGGAGGCGCCUGAAUUCUCUGUGAUUUGGAAGGGGUUGGUUGGUGCAUUGGGAGGAAAAGGAGAGGCUGAACGUGCAAAACUCCCUGUGCUAAAUUCAGAUUUAUAGCUAAGAAUUCAAAUGAAUUAGCCGACAUAAUUGGUGUCUGAACUCGGGAUGGGAGCUUACAAGUUUUGGAACUUCGGUGUCUUGCUGAUGUACUGUAUAAAUGUUUAGUACAGAAAUUUUACUUCAGUUGUGACAUCUAUAGGAAUUAUGGGCUGAUUUGUAAUUUAUAUACUGUUCUGGUGGGGAAAGUGUUGUACAGUUGCAGAUCUCCUUUUUGUAUGAGUAAGCACUUAUUCCUGUCGUUUUCGAUAAAUCUCACUGCUGGGCUAUUUUUCCGUCUACUGUGUUUCUAGAAUGAGCCAGAUUGGGCUUUCCUUGGCCAGCGUUUCUUUUGCCAGAAUCUGUAACCAGUCGUUAGCAUGUUACUUAAUAUAAUUACGGAAAAUAGGAUGUCUGCUACUUUUAGUAGCAUUAGCCUUUCCUUUCUACCUCCUGAGGACCAAAGGUGAAUUGUAGCAUGUGACUAAGAUUAAAAAAAAAGAAAAAAAAUCAGAAACCCACACAAAAUUACUCAUUUAUAGCUGUGGAAGUUCAUGGCAUUUCUCCUGACUAGAUAAAUGUUAUCUUGGUCUCAUGUUACAAAGUUCCCAUGCUUUAGCUGUGGCAACGUGAAUGAAAGCCCAGCGCGUUGAGUGGCAGGUAAGCCUUUCUGUGACUGACUGACCUUCCGUAACCAGCUCUGUGUAACUGCUGAGGCUGACCCAUCUUCGCAGCAUUCUGUGCAGGAUGACAGCUGGGAGCAUGCUGCCGAGCUGGGCCCUUGGUGCUGGUCUGCUUAGAGUCACCUGGGAACAUCACCUCUGCCCUGGCACCACGGAAUAGCUGCUCACAUCUGUCAGAGUUCACUGACGCUGUGGCACUCUGUGGUAGGUGGAUGCAAACUUUGUUGGCAAGAGCUGAGAAACUGAAAUUCUUGUAAAACGUGGUUUGAGUGUAUAUUGUAAAUGGCCAGGUGAGGUUACUGCUGCGUGGUUACAAAAUAUUGGCCUUGAUGUGUAAAUAUGAGAGAGACUGCAGGGACUUCGAUGGUGUGGGCACUGUCGUGGUAUUUGUUGCAUCUGAACUUUACUAUCACAUUUAGGAAUGCACAUUGAUAGACACUGAUAAAGAUUUGUAUUAUGCUUUCAGACUAUUUUCUUCUUUUUCUCUGUGCCUGUGAAAGUUCCAGGAUCAAACAACCUUUCCCAAAUCAAGUUGCUUCCUUCUAAUGAUCUCUUGGAAUAUUGUCAUAGGGGCAAAGAAAGAAACCAGGCAGACUGUAGCAAAGCUCCCCUUAUUGGCACGAGUAAAGAGAACCCUAACAGAGCAUUGAGAAAGCCUAUUCUUCUUUCUCCUCAAGCUGCGGAUCAAAUGAGAUUCAAAUAAAACAAAGGAAAUAACUUCAGCAGAGGUUCAAAGCUCAUGACUGUGUUCCCUCAUGUCCAGCCGUGGAUGUUCAGCAGCAUCGGUCAUGCCUUGGGCGGUCUCUAAAACUGGACUGUUAGCUGCUUUCCUUUCUCAUUCAUGAAACUAUCUUAGAGCAUGGACACCAGUAAGAAAUCAGAACCCCCUUUAUCUGUAGAAAUGGUACAACAAAGGGCCAAUCCUGACCGCAGUCCUUCAGCGUCGAUUUAUGUUCCAGAGCAAGGUGGCUACAAAGAGAAAUUUGUAAAUGCCGUGGAAGAUAAGUAUAAAUGUGAAAAAUGUCGCCUCAUCUUAUGCAACCCUAAACAGACUGAAUGCGGACACAGAUUCUGUGAAACCUGCAUGAAUGCCUUGCUAAGUUCUUCUAGCCCAAAAUGUACAGCAUGUCAAGAAAGCAUAGCAAAAGAUAAGGUAUUUAAAGAUAAUUGUUGCAGGAGAGAACUACUUGCCCUUCAGAUAUACUGCAGAAAUGAAAACAAGGGCUGUAAGGAACAACUGUCUUUGGGUCAAUUACUGAUGCAUUUGAGAACUGAUUGUCAGUUUGAAGAACUCCCGUGUCCUCGUGCUGAUUGCAAAGAAAAAAUACUGAGAAAAGACUUGCCAGACCAUGUAGAGAAGACCUGUAAAUAUCGGGAGACAACCUGUAAAUACUGUAAAAGCCAAGUCCCAAUGAUUAUGUUGCAGAAACACGAAGAUACAGACUGCCCAUGUGUCAUGGUUUCAUGUCCCCAUAAAUGUAGUGUUAAAACACUCAUGAGGAGCGAGUUGAAUGCACAUUUGUCAGAAUGUAUUAAUGCCCCAAGUACCUGUAGUUUUAAGCGUUAUGGCUGCACUUUUCAGGGAACAAACCAACAAAUUAAAGCACAUGAAGCCAGCUCAGCAGUGCAGCAUGUUAACUUAUUGAAAGAGUGGAGCAAUGCUCUAGAAAAUAAGGUGGCCUUGCUCCAGAAUGAAAGUUUGGAAAAGAACAAGAGUAUACAAACUUUACAUAAUCAGAUUUGUAGCUUUGAAAUAGAAAUUGAAAGACAGAAGGAAAUGCUGCGGAAUAAUGAAUCUAAAAUACUUCAUUUACAGCGAGUGAUCGACAGCCAAGCAGAGAAACUCAAAGAACUGGACAAAGAAAUCCGUCCCUUCCGACAGAACUGGGAGGAGGCCGACAGCAUGAAGAGCAGUGUGGAAUCCCUCCAGAAUAGAGUGACUGAGCUGGAAAGUGUUGAUAAAACUGCAGGGCAAGGAGCUCGGAAUACAAGCCUGCUAGAGACACAGCUGAGCAGACACGAUCAGAUGCUGAGCGUUCAUGAUAUCCGGCUGGCUGACAUGGACCUCCGAUUCCAAGUUCUAGAAACCGCGAGUUACAACGGAGUGCUGAUCUGGAAAAUUCGAGAUUAUAAACGUCGGAAGCAAGAGGCAGUCAUGGGGAAGACUCUGUCCUUGUACAGCCAACCCUUUUAUACUGGGUACUUUGGCUACAAGAUGUGUGCCAGAGUUUACCUUAACGGAGAUGGCAUGGGAAAGGGGACGCACUUGUCUCUGUUCUUUGUCAUAAUGCGUGGUGAAUACGAUGCUUUGCUUCCUUGGCCGUUCAAACAGAAAGUGACUCUCAUGCUAAUGGAUCAGGGACCGUCUCGGCGCCACUUAGGAGAUGCUUUCAAGCCAGAUCCAAACAGCAGCAGUUUCAAGAAGCCGACUGGAGAAAUGAACAUUGCGUCUGGCUGCCCGGUCUUUGUGGCUCAAACUGUUCUAGAGAAUGGAACGUAUAUUAAAGAUGAUACUAUUUUUAUUAAAGUCAUAGUGGAUACAUCGGAUCUACCAGACCCCUGACAUACAAUGGGGGAGGCAGAUUAUACAGAAGGCAACUCCGUUUGGGGGUUUUGUAUCAGUUUGUCUUCAAUCAGAGGUCCUAAAAGCUCACAGAACCACCUUGUGGAACAGACGGAAGAGUUUGAAGGCAUAACUGCAUAGGGUCCAAUUGCGAAAGUAGCAACACAUUAAGAAAUCAUACCAUGGUAUAUUUUUUAAUAGAACUAGCAACACUUGAGCUCUGAAGAAUCACUUAUCCCUCAUGAGGAUAAUGAUUAUGGUCAGAGAGGAUUUUUUUUAACUUAUUAACGAUCUAGUCAAUUGGAGGUGAAAAGACAUAUACAGUAUGUGCUGAAUCAGUUACUGACUUUUAUUUCUUUUAAGCUAGAAUACAAAAAAAACCUUCACACGUGGGCUAGCUGGAAAUUGUCAGCAUGUUAAAAGAAGAAAUGAUGAAGUAAUGUUGCAAUUAUGAUAUUCUUUGAAAAACUGAGGUGCAAUCUUGUCUGAAAUAUAGUAUAUUGUCUUUUUAAGGCCUCAUCUGGUCUCUGUUUUAAUAAUUACUUUGUCAGAAGAUCUUGGAAAAGUAUCCAUGUCUUCUCAAAAGUAUCUGAAUCAAAAUCAUAUUUUUAUUUAAAGUUCUAUUGUUACAGAAAACAUUUUAUUUUAAAACUGUUGAUAGACUGAUAUUUCUUGGAAGAAAAAUAGAAGAUAUCAAACACUGGUUAUCACUUGUGAUAGGAAAAAAAAACUAUUCAAUUCUGUUAUUUCUCUUUAGAAAUGUAAACCUACAAUAUAUGUCGUAGUUAAUGACACUAUUUCAAAAUUAAGGAAAAAUCACUCAUGGAUGCUGUGCAUCAUUAUCAGAUUUAUAAUUGUUUUCACCCUAAAAUAGGGCAUUUGUUGAACUUUGGAGUUCUAAACGGAAUCCUGUACAUUUUUUAAAGUUCUGCCCCAUGCUUUCCAAUCAAGCUAUAUAUGUUGCACAUUAUGCUGUCAGCAGUAUAUAGUAUUUUCAGUAUUGGGGAGGAGGAUUAGUGCUGAAAAAAGCCUCUGUGUUCGUUCUGUACUAGCAACCAUUGCUUCAAGACAAACCAGCGAUGUCUUAAUACAGUGAUGGUGGCUUGCAUGCAUACAUGUGCCUUAGAUGUGCUGUGCUGCUUAUAAACCAUAGCUUUUUAUUCAGAUUAAUUCUGAUAUCUGAAAUGGUAGUUUAAUUGGACUUCAGGCAUAAUGUUUAGCCUUGUCUUCAGAGCCCUUAGGUACCCUGUGAUGUACAAAACGGAAGCCAAAGCCCGUUCCUUUGGCUUCUGGAGCUUCUAUGACUUGGCCAUGGUGGAAUCCAUCUUAUUCAGGUGCCAAAACGUUAUGCUCAGUGCUCCUAUGGAGCUUGGACUAGACAGUCUCCACGGCCACUGUGAAGGCAGGCGACAUUUUUCCUCUAAUGCCUGUGGUUGUAAGGUGGCAUCACUUGAAAUGAACCCAUCUGAGAACUCUGGGGCUGUGAACAUCGAUGCUCGUGACAGCUUCUCAUAGCAGACAAGCAUCCUAAUGGGGAACGCACGGGCUUCCUUUGUGUAACAGCCUGAACUGUAGUGGAAAGCAUUUGCUUGCCCUGAAACAUGCUGAUUGCAACCUGCUGUGUUCAUCUGCUUCUAUUUAAUAGCCUGUGACAAGCGAGUCUAGAGACACAGCCUGACUGUGGUGCUCUUUAAAACCCACAAACUGCUUAAGCAGAGUGGACUUGCACCACCAUGUUUUCAGCCUUCAUGGGCUUAGACGAAAACAUUGCAUCUCAGCCUCUACUGUGUCAGGUUGUAUCAGUUUUCUGCUUUAUUGAGGCAUAGUCGCAAUUUUUGUCUAAGGUGCAGAGUUGAAUUCAUGCCUUUGUAUUUCAGCUUGUCUUUGCCGUUGUCUUUUUUGGCUGUGCCUUCACACACAGUGCCUGCAAGAAGUAUUUAUGGAUAUACAAUGCAUGCUAAGUGGUCUUCAUGGGUUUUCCAGGCACCUGCUAGAAUACUGCCUGCUGCUGACCGUCCAGGCUGUCAGCAGCAACUCGUCUUCCUUUUCUUGCCUUCCAUUGUCCGGGUACUGUACUCCCUUUAUGGUACGUAGCUGUCAACAGGUGCAAGCUCAAAUAUGGAGGCACGUGCUGGCGUUUCAUUUCUAGCACGGAAGGAAGGAGGAUGUUCUGCACAAGAGAUAAAUAUCUAUAGAUAUACCCACAUCUAUAUCUCUAGAUAUAAUUGUAUGGCACUUGCAGUUUUAUGCAGGCUGCAUAAGCAAACCCAUCACUUACGCUUUAGGGCGAAGGUUCGCUCAACUUGUGUCAUUUUAAUAAUUGUGAAUGUAGGCAGCUGAGCUUUUGUGUUUGUGCAUCACAGAAUUUUACUGAAAACAGGAUUCCCAAGUGGAAAUGUCCAAAGGACUCUCCUCCCAUUGCUAAUGCAUGUCUUGUAAACUUAAAUGAAACCGUUUGGCCAUCUCAAAACAGUUUAUAUCCUGUUUCGAUCUGGGACUUGGAGGAGAUUUCUAGUAUAAGCAGGGCCCAGAAUAUUCUGCAGAUUUGUGACUACAGUUUCCAACUCCUGUGACAGAAUUGCGCUUCUAAAUCCAGGCUCUUUUAAAAGAGGAGGAAAAAAGCGUUUCCAGCCUUGGUGAUUGAAAGAGGACUUUGAAACAUGCGAAUGUGUAAACCAGUAGGGAAGUCUUCCUGAGUCUGCACACAGCCUAAACUAGUAGCUUUAAGAGAUCUGAAUAUCUCGUCUUGGUGGGAUAUUGACUCAGAAACUUCAUAGAGAAGUUUAAAUACGAACACUGCUAACUAUCUUAAUGCCGAUCACUGUAGCAGAAACAUCAGUCACUGUUGUAUUUCACAGAUCUCUAUGCUGCUUUCCACAUCUCCCAAGUGCCAAAAGCACCAGCUGCCAGAAUCUUCAGCUUCACUUGGGCAGCUUUUAUAAUGCAGUAAUGUGCUAUCGAUACAAAAAUAUUUUUGCAUAUAUGCUUUUUAUCACAGUUAAUAAAAUGGAGGCCUACUGCACUUAUUUUUUAAAACUACAUGAAGCUGCCAGAGAAUUUCCAGUUUGCCAACCCUGCGUACUGUGAAAUCCAGGAUCUUGCUACACAAAUGUAGACACCGCCUGCUGUGGAAUACCUGAAGCCUUGACUGUAACACCCCUUUCUCCGCAGAACUCGUGGGCCAUCUCUGUAGAGUUCUUACUGUGUACAUAGAAAUCGGUUUCCUCUGCUUUCCAGCAAGGAGUAUGUAGCAUUUUGUGAAAACAAGGCCACUGUAUAUUCUCUAAGUUGAAAGGAAAAGAUAUCUGGUGCUUUAUUCAACACUUUAAAUUAUUUAACUGUUUCCCUCAUUGCUGAAAUGCCCUUUUAUCCUUUUCCUCUUUGUUCUUGACUAAGGUAUCCAAAGUUUUCUAGGGGCUGUCUGUUUAAAGUGAUUCUUGGGGCAACAGCCUGUCCCCAUGUAUACUCUUGAAUCCUGGCUAACUCCUGGAGUGUGCCAUUAUUGCAAGGGGGUCCCAGAGUAUUUGCAUUACUUUGAACAGAGUUUCUUCAAUGGAACCCUUUUGUCCUCUGCUUAGUAAUUCUUAGCAGCACACAACUGAAGUCUCUUGCUGGUAUUCUUUCUCCACGAUGAUGCUCGAAGUUACAUUCUCUAGGGAGAUUGCAGUGUGUGACAAUCUGGAUGUUGCCCUUUUUGUACACUCUUCAGCACAGGGUGAGUGCAUCUGUUACCUAGAAAGUCUUGAAUUCUAAACAGGAUGAAACUAUUUGGGUGUUUAAAGACCAACCUGCGAUUAUGAUGCAGGACCAUGCCUGCAUUACUUCUCUGAACUAAUUAAUUGGGGUCUUGUUUCAGUUACUGUCUACAUGGUACACCUUCAACUGCUGACUUACAAUAUGCAAUGUUGAUUUCAGCCUUGUACUGUAAAUGUUGUUCUUCACAAAGAGAAUGUGCAAUAGGAGAAGGGAAUGGUGGGUGGCAUAAUUUCGAUGGAAAAAACAUGCUAGCUUUCUUAAAAUUAUGAAAAAAACAUGAAAUGCAGCUUAUUUCCUUUUCCUGUGGUGUUUUCUACUUGGAAAAGGAAAGAUGAAGAUAUGUGCCUGUUUCUGUGCCUGGUGAACUUCUCAAAUGCAAAGGUAAUAGAGAUUUGUGUUAGCUGGAAUUUAAGUGCUGAACCCAUCUUAGGUUGUGAUUGUAUUGCUCCUGUUUCCUCAGCUGGCCACAAUUAUGGCUUGUUGAGGUGGGAGCUUAAAAGCUACCACCUAUUUGUAUCUAUGUUCCAUCACCUGGGAUAGGCAUUUCACCAAUAGUGCAGGGUUUCUGUUGAUAUUUUGUUUAGUUUUUAAAACACUGGUGCUGUUUAGUCCAAGACAGAGAAGCGUGUAGGGAGUGACAGAAAUGUUGCCUGCACUGUAGAAGAGUGAAAAACGUGAGUGCAGUAUUGAUGCCUUGAUAUAACUAUGCAAAUAUACAAAUAGGUGAAGGGGGGGAAAUUCUUGGGUUGCAUACCUAAUCUCUUAGUUUUUGCUCUGUAAAUUACUUGUGUGUGUGUAGGUACAUGCAUAAACACACGGACAUGCACGCACAUGUAUAUGCAAAGUCUUUUCUUUAUGUAGAAGUGAUGAAACAAAACCCUUUCCUCCAAGUUUUACUUGGUCACUUGGUGCAAAUAUAACUUGCUGCUGCUAAGGGAGGAUCUUGGCUAAUGGCAAACUUUGGUUUCUUAUCUUUCAGGUUUGAAGACCUGUAUGUAGCAAAAACUGUUUAGCCUUUCUGAAGACCUUGAAAUAUAAUUAAGGAUGUAUGUUCUUCCUCAUGCUCCGAUAAUUUGGAGAUUCCUGUAUUUUAAACAACCAUAGUGAUGGGCAACUUUUUAAUUGCAAAUUCUUUUCUUUAAUUUAGAAACAAAAGAUGAUAAAAAGCAGCUGGACCUCUUCCUGGAAUUCCUAUCCCGUUCAGUCAAUACCUUGAUAUUCUGGUUGACCUAGAAGUCAUAGCUGCUGCAAUAAAAAUGAUUGGUUUGGCAAUUUAAUCUGUCUGAGAAUAGUUUUUAAUACUGUGUACAGUGUAUAGCAAGUGCUACUUGUCUUUUCUGGAAAAAAGGAAAUCAAGCAUGAGAUGUGAAGUGACUUGUCCAGAGUCACAAAAGGAAUCUCCUGGAGCCGGGACUGAAUGAGAGGUUCCAGUUCCCUAGUGUUAUCUCCAAAUCACUAGGGUUUACUUUUUUGAUACAUUUCUCCCUUAAAGGAACCGAAAAACAAGUUAACAUACACUGAAGACCCACAUCAGGACAGUAAGGGCUAGAAUUAAACAUACAAGCUGUCAUGAUUUGGGGUUGUGCAUGUGUGGUGGCCCAGACAAGGGUUGCUCCUUAGGCAGUGCUUUGACAGCCUGCAGAGUGGAAGGCCAGCACAGCAUAUCAGUGUGAAUAAUAGCAGCAAAUGUGUGUCCUACUCUGUUUGUUCAGAAUCACCUAACAAAACAAGUCUUGUUUGAUGCUCCUCUUAACUGAGGAGGGAGAAUACCAUUUUACAGUGAAGUGGGUUCAUCUUUGUUCUACCAGUCAGUGUGACUGACCAUUUCUUUCUUGUGGGGCUUUCUCCCUUUUUCUGUAAACCAAAAUCUAGAGGGCUUAAUUGUUCUUUCCUGCCUCUUAAUCCAGGCCUUUGCUGAGAAGCACCAGAUGGGAAGGUGAUGGAAAACUUGGGACUGUUGAUUCAGGGACAUCCUCUUAAGAUUUAGAAGAGUAGAGAUAUACAACACAUAAGGGAUCUGACUAUUCCUGUUUCUCUUCUAAUUUAUGGUCAAGACUGCAGCUUCUGUCUUCCAUUUCAUGAUGUCAGUGUAGAUACUAGGCUGUGUUUUUUCAGUUUUUUUCCCUCCAAGUUAGGAUUAGUUCCUUAGGGUUCAAAUAAGUUCUAAAUUUCACAGAGAAGCACCUGAACCAAAACCUUGGAUCCAAACAUCCCAGACUUUACGUGGAAUUCAAAUCUGGAUCCCAACUCUGUGGCUUACUAACCUACCCGUUUGGGGAAGGGUUUGUUGUCUCUAUGUGGUGUUCGUGUUCUUGGUCCUUUGGAACUAAGCUUUUAAUUUGGUUGCCAGUUCUGCAAGGACUUUUUAACUUCUUAGGAAUGCCGGUGUUCACACGCUCCAUUGCUGGCAGUGUGAUGCGUAGUGAUAAAAUUUGACUCUGUCUAAGGGUUACUGAGAUAAACCAGCAUUAUCAUUCGUAAGGGUCAUUUUCUUGCGUAGUGUUCCGAGCUUUGUAUUUGAAUAUAGCUCGCACCUGAAAGGACACGUGUUCCAACUAUGACCUGCAUCACUGGCAGAGAGUUGUGUAAUCUGUACUUGUGGAAUGGGAAGGUACAAGCUUCCAUCGUUGCUGAUGCAUCGUGUAAUCCACCUGUUUUGUUUUUCUUAUAGCUGUUGUUUGGUUCGGUUUGUUUGUGGGUUUUUUUUCAGUUUUAUAGAAACAAAUAUGGGGACGUUCAGGAUUUUUUCUACAAAGUAUAAAACUCCAAUGAAUUAGUGGUGACUAGAGAGCUGUGAAAAAUACCCUAUUAGGAGAUGAUGGGCUAAAUGUAGGUCCGUUUCUCUUAGACAAGUAGGAUAACCAUUAAGAUGCAUGGAACAAUAUAAUAAUCAGGAAAACUAAAGCUGAAAUUUGUUUCCAAGAAAUUCUGUAAGAACUAUCUAUGGAAAAGACAUCAGUGAUUGAGAAUAAUGUACAAAUUAAUGUGUUUGAAACUUGUGUAUCCAUUUCUUUAAUCUCAUACUCUUCAGUGAACGGUACACUUGUGUUCAGUUUUAUGAUCAAAAACAAAGACCAAAGAAGGCCAGCCUCAUUUGAUUGUGUAUAUUCUGCCUGUCUUAAUUAUCAAUAGCUGUAAGGAUACAGUGCAAGUGAUCUGGUAACCAGUGGUUCUCGUCCUUUUCUUUUAGGGGGGAAAACAACUUUAAAAUGUAUAAUUUAUUGCUCAGCAAUAACCAUGUUGUUAAAAUAAUAAAAAAAAAAGGAAUUAGCAACAUGUCUUAAUUUCCCAAUAGCAUUAUUAUAUGUUGUAUUUCAGUUUACUGUAUAUUGUGUUUUUGUAUUUAUUUGUGUUUGGAGGUCUUGCUAUGUCUUUUUGUGUUUAAAUGCUAAUAAACAAGGACAGUGUGUAAGAGUGUAGAA